UCUUCCACAGUUGACACUCCCGUUUCCCCCAAAAUAUAUAAUAGAGAAAAGGGAAGACCCUCGAAACCCUCGCGAGGAAGACGAUGGAGUUCCCUUUUGGCCACCACCACCACCACCACCACCGCGGCGACGACGACGAGGAGCGCCCUCCGCCGCCUCCUCCGCCGUACCACGGCGGCGCCGAGCCCUACCCUCCGCCGGGCUACGGCGGCGCCGCCCCUUACCCUCCGCCGGGGUACGGUGGCGACGCCCCUUACCCUUCUCCUCCUCCUCCCCGCCACCACCAUGAGUACUCCCCCGGCGUGGAGCACGUGAGCCACGAGACCUAUGGCGACGCCCCCGCUCCCUACUUCCCCACUCCUCCUCCUCCGCGCCAUCCCCACCACCCGUCGCCGGGGGUGGAGCACGAGAGCCACGAGAUCCACGAGAUCCACGGCGGAGGGGGAGUGGCGCCGCGGCAGCAGACGGUGAGGAUCUUCUGUAAGGCGAAGGAGGAUUUUAGCCUCACGAUUCGCGAUGGGAGCGUCGUCCUCGCCCCCGCGAACCCUAGAGACGAUUACCAGCACUGGAUCAAGGAUAUGAGAUACAGCACCAAAGUGAAGGAUGAAGAGGGAUACCCCGCUUUUAUGCUUAUUAACAAAGCCACUGGGGAAGCUUUGAAGCACUCACUUGGGCAAUCCCAUCCUGUUCGUCUGGUUCGCUUUAACCCCAACUAUCUGGAUGAAUCAGUCCUGUGGACUGAGAGCAGGGACGUGGGGUCUGGAUUCCGGUGCAUAAGGAUGGUGAACAACAUCUACUUGAACUUUGAUGCAUUCCAUGGAGACAAGGACCACGGGGGCGUGAAGGACGGGACGAAACUUGUGCUUUGGGAGUGGUGCGAGGGCGACAACCAGCGCUGGAAGAUUGUUCCCUACUAGGAAAAAUUGAUGGAUAUGUUGAAGUCAUCUGUCUCCAGCUUUCUAUGCUCCUCUUUUGCUACUAGUGUUACUACUAUGUAUAAUAAAUGAUGCGCUUGAGGUGAGUGUUCUUGACCAGGUCUUUUUCAGUUUUUGUGAUUGUUCUUGGUGUUCUGAGUGGAGCUUGUGACGGAGCUUUGGAGUCUUAGUAUGUACGUACCUCUAUGCUUAUUAUUAUGGCUUGUAUCAGAGAUUUGGAGUAAACAUGCUUGUCUCUCUUUAUGUUUAAUGUACUGUCAUUAUGUGCUGUGUAUAUGAUGCUUCUUAUCUUCUUA